CCUUUACAUAUCGGGGGGAGCGCCGGGACACGGAGCGACUGGGAGUGUGUCCGGUCAUAUCGUGGCAGAUGGCAAGUAUGAUCAACUUAAGAGAGAAAAAUUCUCUGGUUUCGACAUCUAAAGGUAACUUUGAGGAUGACAAAGGAUCUACAGGCACAUCCAUUCGAUUGCGAUCCGUAACAAGGAGUUUGGCUAAUGCAAACACGACAGGCAAUUCUUUAAUUGUACAAGUCAUCAAACAGGAAGAGCUUCCAAAAACAAAGGAAGAAAAAAGGCUUAAGGAACAGGAGCGUAAAGAAGCUGAAGAAGCUAGCCAGAAAGAAGUAGCAGAAUGGGACAGAAAUUUGCUAUCUCUUGCUGAGCCAACUUGCAUGCAGACCAUGUGGGAAAUACCAGCCAUUGGACAUUUUCUUUGCUUAGCCCAGCAAAUUUUAAAUCUUCCUGAAAUCGUUUAUUAUGAACUAGAACGUUGUUUAUUGAUGCCUCAAUGCAGUGUAUUUCUUUCAAAAAUAAUGACUUCUUUAUUAAGCCCUCCACAUCGGAGAAUGACUUUACACCGCAGACCUAACCUUCCCUAUCGAGCAUGGGAAGCAACACUUAGGCAGAAGGUGCAACAAUGGUAUACAGUUGUUGGUCAGGCUGAAAACCCUGAUCGAUGUGCUGAGAAAAUUGGACUCUGCUCUCAGUUUUUUAAGGUUCUUGGUGAAGUGAAUCCCCUUGAACAAAAAGUAUUUCACGAGUUGCCUUUCUAUCAAAAGGUUUGGUUGUUGAAGGGUUUGUGUGACUUUGUAUACGAAACUCAGAAUGAGGUUCAAGAUGCUGUUCUCGGACAACCUAUCCAUGAAUGUAGAGAGGUCAUUUUGGGUUAUGAUACACAGGAAAAUGCAUAUAUUCACUUUCCUCAGUUUUGUGGAGCCGAUGUCAGAGUUUACAGACAGAAGCCGUUACAGGCCCCAGAAUUUCCAAUCCCUCCCAUUCGAAUUAAAAGAACAAGAAAAAUCAAACCUGAUAGACGUAAAUGUAAGUACUCUAAUAAAAACAAUGGGGAGAUGUCACCAAGCCCUGUUGCCGAGCUUGAGAAAUGUUCUCAGUGUCUUGAGGUCUGUUCAACAACUUGUCACUGUGACAACUGCAGCAGCCAUUCAGAGCAGAGGAUAAUGUCAAGUUGUGAGAAUAAAGACCAGCAACCAUUUGACACUGUGAAAGUUGGAUUUUGCAAAGAAAAUGUAGAGAGUUCUUUUACUCCAGGAGAGAUUGACAGUUGUGGAGAACCUCUAAGCCCAGGAGAAGUUCUUGAAAAUCUAGAUAAAUAUGGAGAAGCAACCAUUCUAAAACGUGACACCAUCCCUCUUAAAGAAAAUGCACUUAAAACAUGUCAGGUUCACAUAAAUGUGAAUAGUCCUGAGAGCCCCGACUUCCUUUGCCAUCGAGUGGCAAUGGAUAUUAUUGUAGAUCACCCUAUUCUGAACCACAAGAAGCUGAAACUCAGCAAGAUGAGGGUGAAGAAGAAGAAGAAAAAAAAGAAGAAAUUGAAAGACUUUCUAAAUGCAAACAAGCAUGGUAAAUGUGAAAACAUUCAGUUGCAUACAUUCAAAUCGUUUAAGACUGACUUCCAAAAUAAGUUGUAUCUUACCAAAAAAAGAGUAAAGCACAAGAAACACAAGUCUGCUAAAAAAGCUGUGUCUAAGAAAGCAAUUUCAAAGAAGAGGAAAGCUACUACGGGUUGUUCCCCCAGUGGACCAGAAUUUGAGCUUGUGUGUACCAAUCUUGAUGAACUCAGGGAAUUGAUCAAGAAAAUAGAUGGAGAACUUAAGGGCUUGGAAAACAACAAAAAGAAAUCUGAAAAAUGGUACUUAAGGAAACAAGGUGUAAAGGAAUUGCGGAGCACUUUGAAUCGUCUACUAAAUGAGUUGCUGCCUUGGGAACCAAAACUACUUAAAGCAUUUCAAAGGAACAGAGCCAGACUUAAAAAGGACUAUGAUGAUUUUAAAAAGCUACCAGAUUCAGAACAUUUUACAAGGGAAUCAUGUUUUCAGGAAGAAUGUGAAACAAACAAAUCCCAAAAACCUGUAACAAACACAAUUGAAUUACAUCACCAGGAGCUAACGAAACAAGAGCAUUUUGAGAAAUUGCAGACAACAGAGGUUGACAUGUGUGGAAAGGGCAGGUUACUCAAGAAUGAAUCAUUCCCAAGGUACUUGCUGAAAUCCCCAACUAAAACUUGUAAACGUCAAUUCAAACAACAUUUUUGCACAGAUGAUGAACAGAAAGAAGUUUUUCCAAGUAAGCGGAGCAAGUUAAGCACACCUGAGGCUCCACCCCAGUGCAUGGAAAUAGACCAUUCAAGUCACCAUUCAAAAGAUGAAAAGUAUACUGCAUCUGAAGCCUCAUACACAAUAAAAGACUUUCUUCCUGUAUCUGCAGAUUUGGGAAAAGGGACCAAACCUAUUCAAGCUUUGCUUGUGAAAACUAUUGGGAACAAAGUGGCCUUGACAACUCAAAAUGCAUUGUCUUCUGAAAGUUCUCUCAUGUCAGCUACAGAGACUAAACAAGUAAACCCUGUGUUAUCUUGUGAAACUUCUUCAGCAACUCCACUACAAAUGAUUUACAAGAUGCCAGAUGGACAUUGCGUCCCUACUGAUCAGCAAAAUUCCUCAGUAAAGAUUCAGAUGCAACCUGUGUUUGACUCGAAAACAGGAGAAAAACUAGUGCAACAGGUUCUUUUUUUGCCAAAAGAUUUUUUCAUCCAACAGAAAGAAGGAAAAGAUGUGAUGGAACAGGGGCAGAAUUCAGGGGAAAACCAGCCGAUGCCAUCUAAUGCCGGGGGACAAGUGUGUGUAAAUGUUUCACCAUCAGUUUCUAUUUCUGAUUUUAUUACUACAGAUCUAACUGCACAAGGUGCACCUUCACUUGGUACUAAGAGUGUGGUUCCAAACUCUCCAAGCCUUGCUGUGCCACAAUCAGGCAGUUUACGAGUAUCUUCAAUUGAAUCAAGCAAAAAUAUUGCUCCUGUUUUGACAGCUAAUGUUACACCCACAUUAGUGCCAUCUCUUAUGUCCUUUCCUGUUCAGGCUGAUCUUGGGAGAAUGUCACUAGGGAGAAUGAAUACAUUAACCCGUAACCCACCAAAUACCUCUCCACUAAUAUCCAGGGACAUUUCUGAGCCAAGACAAGAACUAAAAACGGUGUGCAUCAGAGACUCUCAGUCAAUUCUUGUGCGAACACGAGGUGGCAACACUGGUGUUGUGAAAGUGCAAACAAGCCAAGAGCAGAGUUCUUCUGUCAUUAGUCCAAACUCAAUUUUUACUUUCACUCCACAACUUCAGUCAUUUUUGGUGUCGAAAUCUAAAACCUCAGCUUCCUCCACUUUUACUUCCCCAUCCACAGCUACACCUCUUUUGCUACCUUGUUUAAAAUCUCCUCCUGGACUAUCACUGUCCUCAUCUGCUGCAUCUGUUUCUUGUAGCCUAAUGCAGGAAACUGAAUCAAACAAGAAGUCUCCUCAAAGUCAUCCUACGAGUAGCAGUGUCAUUAGCCAAGGAGCAGAUAAGACUCUGAACCCUUCCAACAAUUUGUCCUCUGCAUCUGCCAUAAACUCUUGGCUUCCAUCAAAUUUGCAUGGUAAAAUGGAGAGCACAUCUGGACUUGCAACUACGUUGGCAUGCAAUAAUAUAGGACACGGUAGCAGUGUCAUUACACAAUCAUCAUCGGAUAUGAGACAUACCAAACCAAAGUCUAGCAGCAUAGUACAGCCUGACAGUACCACCCCAUCAAAGACGGAGGUAGCAAGUGGACUCUCUCUCCAAAAGGUUAUGUUAGUUUCGUCUCCCCCUAUUCUCUCAGCUGGCACUUCCACCAACAUUAACUUAUUGCCUAGUUCAACACCAUCAGCUGUAUCUCAAAAGCUUCUUUUCAUUAAUGCUCAAGUUCCAACUGCAUCAUCUAGUUCUGGCAUAGCACUACAAGCUAUAAAACAAGGUCCGUCUCCUUUACUUGAGAGAACUUUUGUUAAACCCACAGAACAGCCGCAGAUAAUUUUACUUCCUUCUACCAUUGCCCAGCCAGUAAAAAUUAGUUCUGCACCAGUCGUUUCUCAAGUUAAAGAUGUUAAAAUUGGACUAACAAUAGGACAGACUAUUGUUAAUAGCAGCAGCACUAAACAAAAUAUUCUACCAGUUAAUAUUCUUCAGAAUACAACAGUCAAAGGAGGGGAGAACAAUCAAAAGAGUUUAGGUGUGUCAAAAGCUUUGGUUCAGGUAGUUCAAAAUACAAGCUCAAAUAUUGGAUGUGGUGAUGGCACAUCAUCUGGAACAAAAGAUGUUAUAGCUUGCUCAGAUAUAUCAUCGACGAGCUCUGCUGUAGCCCAGAGUAGUAAUUUAUUUGACAGGAAUGGUAAUUAUAUACCAAGACCAGUACCUCAGUUGCCUAAGACAUGGAGUACCACAACUGUAGGAAAUACUGUAGCUAAAUCUACUGUAAAAACAGGGCAUCUUUCAUCAUCUGUCCUGCUGUCAACUACCCAAGUGACUAGGCAUGUGAAAAAUGUAUUAUCCACAGUGGUAACACCACACACUUCCAGUAUGGUUUCUUCACAAGUAACUACAAUACCUGCAGCUACUACAUACCAACCAGCAUCAAAAGACACAAUGGAAACAGUGCCGUUUCCAUCAUUGAGGUUGCCAAAACUACUGGCGACAAAUGUCAUAAACUCACAUGCUGUAGUGACUCCUCUUUCAGCAUGUUCGGUAUGUAAAUCAGGGCCUGCUUAUAGUGUACCUCAAGGACCCAGUCAUAUUUUGCAAACAUCCCCAGUACCCACUGUUAACCAUCCAAGGGCACCUUUAAAUGACUCUUGCACUCAUCAGAAAAUUGUUCUCAGUAUCAACACGCCAUUGGCGCCAGGAACUCAAAUCACAAUUAAUGGUACUCGCUUUAUUGUUCCACCUCAAGGUCUUGGAGUUGGAAGUCAUGUGCUUCUCAUAUCUGCUAAUGCAAAGCAAGGACUUCAUGGUUCUAGUAAUUGUAUACCACUACCAUGUCACAACAAUAACACAGAGCAACAAACACCAUUAAAGCAUACUAGUUCAAUAAUACAGCCUUCCAACACAUCGUUUAGUGCAUCUAAAAUAAAUAAUUCCAUGAGCACAAAUCCCUUUGUGCACGCUGUGCCGCACAUCACAAACACAGCAAUUAAAGGUAUCUCUUUACAGCCAGUGGAAAGAUUACCAUUUACAUGUCCACAGCCAUCAACUGGACUCAAACCACUUAUUGUACCAGCCAUACUAAGAGGUAGCAUUCUCCAGCCAAAUAGGAUUUUGGAGUCUCUCAGUGGUGCACCAGUCAAAGAUGGAUCAGUUUUAAAUCCUACGAACUGUUCAGUAAAAACAGCUCUUCCAAGUCCAAUCAUUUUAGAGAAAAAUAAUGCAGAUACUGUCUCGCCAGCAUGUAAGUCUUCAGUGCAACAUUUACAGUAGCAUCUUAAAUCGGAAUCCAGUUAACAUAUCUAUCUAGAUAUAUGAUCUAUAAAUAAAUAUACAGUCAUGGGAAAAGGAAAGUACACCCUCUUUGAAUUCUAUGGUUUUACAUAACAAGACAUAACAAUCAUCUGUUUCUUAGUAGGUCUUAAAAUUAGGUAAGUACAACCUCAGAUUAACAACAACAGAUGACCUAUAACGCAGUGUCAUGAUUUAUUUAACACAAAUAAAGCCAAAAUGGAGUAGUCAUGUGUGAGAAAUGAAUUCAAUAGCUUGUAGAACCAACUUUAGCAGCAGUAACGUGGCAUAAUUCUUUUCUGUAUAACUUCAUCAGUCUGUCACGAUUGUUGAGGAAUUUUGGCCCACUCUUCUUUGCAACAUUGCUUCAGUUCCUUGAAGGUUGCUAGCAUUUAUUUAUGCACCGCUCUCUUAAGGUCCUGCCACAGUCUUUCUAUUGGGUUGAGGUCUGAACUUUGACUGGGCCAUUGCAACACAUUAAUUAUUUUCAGCCAUUCUGCUGUUUAUUUACUGGUGUGCUUUGAAUCAUUGUCCUAUUACCUGGCCCAAUUUGGGACAAGCUUUAGCUGUCUGACAGAUGGCCUGACAUUUAACUCUAGAAUACUGUGGUAUACAGAGGAGUUCCUGAUCGACUCAAUGGCUGCAAGGUUCCCAGGUCCGUGGCUGCAAAACAAGUCCAAAUCACUGCCGUGCUGACAGUUGGUUUGAGAUGUUUGUGCUGGUAUGCUGUGUUUGGUUUUCACCAGUCACGUCGCUGUGCAUUAUAGCCAAACAUCUCCACUUUGGAUAUUUUUCCAAAAGUCUUGUGGCUUGUUCAGAUGUAACUUUGCAAACCUAACCUGUGCUGCCAUGUUCUUUUAAGAGAGGAGAGGCUUUUUCCUGGCAAUGCUUCCAAACAAACCAUACUGUUCAUCAUUUUUCUAAUUGUAAUGGCAUGAACUUUACCAUGCUAACUGAGGCCUGUAGAGUCUGAGAUGUAACUCUGGAAAUGGCUUUAUAACCCUUCCCAGUUUAAUGAGCAGCAACAAUUGCUUCUCUAAGAUCAUUGCUGAUGUCUUUCCUCCUUGGCAUUGUGUUAACACACACCUAAAUACUCCAGAUCAGCAAACUGCUAAAAUAUUUUUGUUAAAUCAUGACACUGUGUAAUAUGUCAUGUGUUGUUCAUCUGAGGUUGUAUUUACCUAACCUGCUAAAGAACAGAUGAUUAUGUUUUUUAUGUAAAACAAUAGAAUUCAA